AUGUCUGACCCGGAAAUAGAGUUACAUGAGGAAGUCUUUCUGCAGUAUAAGGAAUAUCACACGGAAACAGAGGAUGAAGUAGGGAAGACAAAAUACCAUAAGAGGCAAUUUGAGAAAAUUAGGAGUUCCAAAAGGGUGGCAGUGCUGCUAGAACCGUUUCAGCGUGUUGAUAAAAUUCUGAUGUAUAUGCGGCUGUUUCAGUUUGAUAAGUUGCUUUGGGAAGAGCUGAGUUCUGCUAGAAUGGGUGUGGAGCCUUGUUUGUUUGCUGGAGAUUUUAAUAUAAUUUGUUCGGAUGUGGAAAGGUGUGGUGGUAGUCCAAGGACAAGAGCUGCAAUGGAUGACUUUAAUAGAUGGAUUCACCAGGGCGGGUUGAUUAAAAUGAAUUCUCAGGGGAGAAAGUUUUCAUGGUGCAAUGGUCAGCAUGGAUUAUCUAGAGCUUGGGCUAAAUUGGAUAUAGUGCUUCUUGAUGCAAAGUUACCGUUAGCAUUUAUGAAUGCACAUUGUUCAUAUUUAUCAAGGUCAACGUCGGAUCAUAGUCCCAUGUUUAUAGAAUUCAUGAAAGAUCCUUUUACUUAUGGCCCCUCUCCAUUUAGGUUUCAGCAAAUGUGGAUUGAGCACCCUGAUUUUAUGAGCUUUGUACAGAUGGUGUGGUCUGAACCAGUGGUAGGUACGGGACUCAUGAAAUUAACUAGUAAACUUAAAAAGCUUAAGGUGGCUCUACUUGAAUGGAACAAGAGGGUGUUUGGGCAAACCAAUACUCAGAUUGCUAUUCUUGAAGAGAAGGUUGUGGGGCUUGAGCACUCGCUGCAUAGUAAUUGGGAUAAUGAGGUUGAGAGGGAGCUUGUGAGGUACUCUACUAAGUUUUAUACUUGGAGGCGAAGGGAAGAUAUAAGAUUAGCUCAUAUGGCUAAAAUUAAGUGGAGAAUGGAAGGUGAUCGGAACUCAAAAUUCUUUCAUGUUUGGUUAUCCAAUAAAAGGCAUAGGAAAAUUCAUAAGUUGAGAACUACGGAUGGGGUAGAGUUCAAUUCACCAGAAGAAAUUCAUCUUGGUGCCGUUGAAUAUUUUUCGGAGUUCCUACAAAGAUCAAAUCAGCCAAGAGAGUUGUCGGAUUUAACAAACUUAAUUUCGCCGGUUAUUGAAGAAGAGGAUUGUGUCCGGCUUAGUUGUAUCCCUUUGUUAGAUGAAGUUAAAGAGGCUCUCUCGUCUAUUCCUAUUAAUAAUUGUCCAGGGCCAGAUGGUUUUGAUCAUGCGUUUCGUCUCUCUGCAGUGUGCACGCCUCAGCCUCUGCGUUUCACGUCCGCAUCGUCCGCGUUUUGCUUCGCCCCUGUGCUGCGGUGCGUUUCAGCUCGCCUGCGUUUCAAGUCUGCUGCUGUGCGUUUCAUUCCACUGCAGCCCAGCCCACAUGAGUCUGCCUUCCAGCUCCAGCCCAGUGCGCACGUCUCUUGCGUUUCACGUCCACAUCUCUCGCGUUUUGAGCCAGCCUGCAGUGCACAAUUCUUUUGCUGCUGGCAUUAG